AUGUCAAAGGUCUCCAUGAUCCAUUACACACUUCAAGACGAAGGGAAAAAAGAGCUUUACCUCUAUUCUACUCAAAUUUCUCAAGGAAAUGAAGUGACAGUCAAAGACGUAAGAAAAUCUUUCCCAGUUCCAGGUCGCUUCUUUUUCCGCUUCCGCACCAUAAUUCAAGAAGAAAAUCCUCCAGCAACCGUUUGACUUGAUCUCCCAGAAGACGAUUCUCCAAUCCCUACAUAUAAAGGCUAUAUUUAUGUCAAGGCUUUGCAACUUCCUCCAUUUGAAAAUAAAAGUCUCUUAAAGCCAGUCCGAAAGGUCUAUAAAGCAGCUUCUUCUAAUUCUUCAUCAAGAAAUCAUCACAGCAGAGAGCCAGAUCCUCCACAAUUUCAGCGAAAACUCAGUGAUUUUAUUGAUUUUCCACAAGAGCCUUCUCCAAAGCAAAAACCAGUCGAUGUGAGAUCGCAUUCCCAAGAACCUCCAAGACCUCCUCAUGAAUUAUCAAAAAGUCUUAUCUUAUUAGACAGACGGGCUCGUGCCCUUAAUUUUAACGCAGUCACCGAGGAUCCCCUGGGGGAUUCACCCGCUUUGCGACCUUCCUUCCGUCCGUCUCCUCCUUGCUUCUUGUAAAAAGCUCCAGUGUUGAGUGGGCAGGUUACGGGUUUAUGCGGCCUCCUGAGGCUGAGGUAGUACGAAGUUGGCAUUCCGAAAUUCCAAAAAAUGGGAUUUCUGGUAGCCUAUCGGCAAAAAGGAAAAGUUCAGAUCCUGGGACGUAACGCCCAGUUUCAUGCUAGGCAGUUGCCCGACUGGUCUAGGUAUUACCUGUAGACCUUACUGGGCUUGCCCUUUCCAAAUCUGAACCCUCCUUUCCUUCGAGCUAAAAACCAGUCUCGAAGUUGGACUUGGGCCAGGCUCUGCCUCCUGCAGAAUUGAUUACCAUGGGCAUUACUGUCCUUUUCAAGGCUAGAAAAAACCUUCCCGGAUAUAAUUAAAAUAUGUGUCGAGGAUGUAUGGCCGUGAGGCCAUACCUAAACGAAGACGCCAUAUUUUAAUUAUCAAUUAUCAAAAAGUCAUUUUAUGAGCGCUUUAAAUGACCCUACAAAUGGGAUGAGUACUCAGGAAUUGAUAGACAGAAAAGAAAAGUUCAUACAAGAACAAAUGAAAAUUAAGGCAGAAUCAGCCAAAAAAUCAUGGGCUGCUGAAGAAGAGGGGAAAAAUCAUAGAAUGAACGCUGAAAAAGAGUUUGGGGAGAGCAUUAAUAGAUGGGAAAGCAGAAACUUGCAGAAAAACAACAUAAUUACACUAAUUUCCACAAUGCAAGAUUAAUAUAUGAGAAAGAUUUCACGGUCAGAAGCGGGAACCCACUAGUUGGGCUACUUUGGCUCCAAGAAAGGUCCCUACACCGGAUGCAUAUACAUUAGAGUGAAAAUGGUAUAAGACCCAAUCCAAAUUCCGCACUAAAGAAUUUUCUGGCGAGACUAACCGAACCUAGCGAUUAGCGCCCUGGGUUAAGUAACCUUCUGUAGGAUGCCCUUAUAGCAGACUAUAUGAGAGGCAAAGCCUACUUUCAGCUUCAUCAGGAAGGCCCGACCUGCUCCAUAGGGCGCGAUUCAGAUCCCAAUUCUCCAGCAUCACCAUUAUUUCUUCCCCAAUGCAAGGAAUUUUAUGGCCAGGCGCAGAAUGAAAACCUAUAGGCCCAGGCGAUCUUCUAACCUCCAAACAAGUAAAAAUCGCCUAUAUGAAAGCAAUUAUGAUAGUCCACCCAGACAAGCAUCAGCAAGAUCCUCCUCAUAUAAAAUACAUCGCUGAUAGAGUUUUUGGAGCUUUGAAUAACGCUUAUAAAUUAUAUCAGCAACAAAAUAAUUCUUAA